AUGGACGAUACGAGACCGGCCAAGAGGCAGAAACGCCGAGCUAUAGCCUGUGAGAGAUGUCAUUCUCAGAAGAUUCGAUGUUCGGGCGAGCAGCCGUGUCAGGGUUGCGAGAUUGCGAAGAAGCCUGGCAGUUGUCGGUAUCCGUUCAGAGAUCGCAAUGUUACUAUACCUGAGAGCUACCUCGAGAAACUGGAAAGUGAGAUCCAAGAGUUGAAGGCCCGAGAGUCUUUCGUCAUCACCUCCCAGAUUGCAGCUCCGUCUGUCGAAUCGCCUCCAGAUCAAGUACGACAGGGACACGUCGCAGAGAACGACGUGCCAAAUCCGUUGCUCGAAGUCCAAGAUGGCCUCUUCGCAGGUCAAGACUCUGCUCAACCGGUCUUCAUCGGCGAAGCCAGUUGUACAGCCUUUGGAGACAGACUGUUGCAGUGCGUUGAUUCGAGCUACAGUUCCGUGACAUGCAACACGAUCCCAGAUCAUAUCACCCACCCUGCCUUCAACCGGCUAGCAAGCAAGGACUUCCAGCUCCCGAAUAGAGUCCAAGCAACUUUGCUUGUUCGAAGAGCACAUAGCUUCAUUGGGAACAACUAUCAUUUGUUUGAGAAGAAGUCGUUCUUCGAUAAGCUGGAUCGAGCGUACAGUGGUGAAGGCGGGACAGACCUGCUCUUCACUUGCCAUCUGUUCGCUAUGCUUGCUCUUGGGGAGCUCUAUACACAUUGCAAGACCAAUGCAGCAGACAGUCGGAUACCUGGGACAUCAUACUUCGUGCAGGCUGUGAACUUGUUGCAGGACCUCUACGAGGUUGGCUCGAUUGAGCAGGUGCAGAUCUUGUUGCUGAUAUCAUUCUAUGCUAACUCGCUCGGCCGUGUAAAAUCAGCACACGUUUACUGCGGAAUUGCCGUACGCAUCGGCAUCGGACUUGGCCUACAUCGAUCGCAAGCAGGAUCAAGUACCAUGUCGCCAGUACAGCGAGAAGUUCGUCGACGAGUCUGGUGGACUCUCUACCUCUUCGAUAGGAUGAUCUCUUCAAAGCUUGGAUAUCCUCUAGCUAUCAGAGAUGAUGACAUCGAUGUUGAGUUUCCUUCAAUGGAAGGCUUGUCGACGUCCGAGCAAGCCGAAUUCUGCGACCCAGUGCAUCUUCGUGCUCACUCCACGCUUGCAAAGAUCACAGGCAGUAUCUUGAGCGACAUCUACCGUCUCCCUCGUCAAUCGAAUCCGAGCUUCGUCCGCGUCGUACAUCGCGUUCUGAAUGACCUUCGCCAAUGGGACGAAGAGUUGCCCGUAGUGCUGCGGCUACAAGGCGAAAGACCACCACGAAACCUCUUUACUCUUCACAUGCAGUACCACCUGUGCAUCAUUCAGACAACGCGGCCGAUUCUUCUGCACAUCUUCAAGAUGAGACUACAGUCUGGAUUGACUUCCACCAGCCAGCAGCGUCAGACAUUCUCACCGACGACUCUGGCCCUUGCAGAUGCCUGCGUACAGGCCGCCAGGACGACUAACCAACUGCUCUCGAAGCUUUUCGUUGAAGGCAGCCUUGCGGUAUUUGGCUACUUCGACUCCCACUAUCUGUUCUCCUCGACUCUGAUUCUGAUCAUCUCUGCCGUCAUGGAGCCUCAAUCAACAGUCUCAGAUGCAGUACAGACGGCGUUCAGCCUCUUGAGGUCGAUGGCUAGUAAUGGCAAUAUCUCGGCAAACGACUACUUGAACCGGCUUGAGCACAUCCGCUCGACGGUCAGCAGUGCUCGCGCUCAGGCCGAUCAGCGUCUACCUCGUGUGACUCUACCAAACGGAGACAUGGAGAAGUCGAACCACCUGGACCAGGGCCAGGCCAUUGCCGCCACCUCGAGAAUCAUCACCAACAACGAUCCGCCAUUAUGGGAACCUUCCAAUCCCAUGCUCUCUGGCGACGAGUUCAAUGGCGACGAUCCGCUCGGUAACCCCUUUAUCGAGAGCUUCUUGGCAGAGAAGGCCUUUCAGUGGCCUGGAGGUUUAUCGCCCGAGCAAGAUUUCUUGAGACAAUUUGCUCAAGAGCUAGGUGAUGAAUUCCUUUUCGGCUCCUGA